CAGGGCGAAAGGGUGGGGAAGGGGCAGGUCAGAAGGCUGGAAGAGUCACUUUCCCGGCACCGAUUUAAAUGAUGUCCAGUGGGCAGCAGCAGCAGCAACAAAAAAAAAAAAAAAAAAGACUAAAAAAAAGCAGCAACACGGCACUUGUAGGUCUGUUUGCUUAAUGAUCCAAUACACACACACACAUACUUUGCCUGGCGAGAGGCUGUGAAACACCAACAAAAACACCUUGGGCAAAUAAGCAGAGGGUCAGUAGGGAACGGCUGGAACGACGGGAAGAUACUCUGUGGAAUUGGAGAGAUGGCCACUGGAGAGAAUGCGAAGGAGGGUGUCCUGGUAGCCGUCCCUUCAAAAUCAACCGGCGUAAACGCAUUAAUCCUGGCCGCUACUCCUACUAAUGAUAACGAUCACCGAUUGAGUGGCAGAGGCUGGCGAAGAAGGAGGAGCGAAGGAGAGCCAGACAACAGGCGGAUAACAACGCCUGUCUCCAAGUGGGCUCAAGUGCCUCAGUGGUCGGGGGAGAGAGAGAUGGAGAAGGUGGAGGUGGCAGGAGGCACGCAGACACGCAGGCUGGCCAAGGCGGACAGACGACGCAGAAGCAGAAGCUACUCCAAGAGCCACAGAAUUCCGAUUCCGAUGAUGGGAUCGUGUCUCUACACGGCUGCUCUCGUCUGUGUGUAUGUGUGCAUGACUCUGUGUUUGUGCAAGGCGGCAAAGUCGAGUGGAGUCAAGCAGGAGUUUUGCACCAUUCCACUCCAUUACCAGUUCCCAAGUUCCCAGAUCGCAGUCUGCAGCUUCCAGCUCCAAUCUCAGAGCUCACACCCCGAAGCUCCCGUCUCCCAGUUGCCAGGAGCCUUGCGUCUCCUCUCUCCCGAGAUGUGGCAAUCAAAUGGCCAACGUUGGACAAUACUUUCACGCCUUUCGAGCGCGCCAAAACGAUCCAAUCGAGUAUAGAGUCGUUACAGGCCAUAAGGCCGGCCAGAUACCCUUUUUUUUUUUUUU